UGAUACAGGUGCUAUAUAUAAAUAAUUAGCUAUGGGGAACAUCUAUACAGUUGGUCCAAAUGAAGCUCUUGUUGUUUCUGGUGGUUGUUUUGGUCAACGAGUAAAAAGGACUAUCGUUGGUGGCUGGGCAUGGGCAUGGGCUUGUGUAUCAGACGUACAAUCAAUUUCUUUGGAAAUCAUGACUCUAAACCCCCGUUGUGACAGCGUUGAAACAGCAAAGGGUGUGGCAGUAACCGUGACAGGUGUUGCGCAGGUAAAGGUUAUCAAAGAAGAUGAUCUGUUAAAAACAGCUUGUGAACAGUUUCUUGGAAGAAAUCCAAAAGAAAUUGAAGACAUUUUGUUGCAGACUUUAGAAGGUCAUCUCAGAGCCAUUCUUGGAACAUUGACUGUGGAAGAAAUUUAUAAAGAUCGAGAUACCUUUGCUCAGCUUGUUCGUGAAGUUGCAUCUCCAGAUGUUGGUCGCAUGGGAAUUGAAAUUCUCAGUUUUACCAUUAAAGAUAUUGUUGAUAAUGUGAAUUAUUUGGAUUCUCUUGGAAAAACACAAACUGCUGUCGUAAAGAAGGAAGCUGAUAUUGGUGUCGCAGAAGCCAAUCGUGAUGCUGGUAUUAGAGAAGCUGAAUGUGAUAAGGAUCGUCAAGACGCCAGGUUUAAGGCUGAUACCAGUAUUGCUGACUCAUCACGGGAAUAUCAGAUGCAGAAAGCUGUAUACGACCAGGAGGUGAACACUAAGAAAGCCGAAGCAGAGUUGGCUUAUGAACUGCAAGCUGCGAAAGAACGACAAAGGAUUCGAAAUGAAGAAAUAGAGAUUGAAGUUAUUGAAAGACGAAAGUUGAUUCAAGUUGAGGAUAAAGAAAUCGAACGUCGUGAUAGAGAACUUCAAGCUACUGUAAAGUCUCCAGCCGAAGCUGAAAGUUAUAAAGUGCAAGCGCUCGCUGAAGCAGCAAAAACAAAAAAAGUUUUGGCUGCUCAAGCAGACGCUGAAAAAAUUAAGAUGAUUGGUGCGGCUGAAGCAGCUGCAAUUGAAGCAAUUGGAAAAGCUGAAGCCGAACGCAUGAGACAAAAGGCUGCUGCUUACAAGCAGUAUGGAGAUGCUGCUUUAAUGUCUUUAAUCUUAGAAGCUAUGCCUAAGAUUGCUGCAGAGAUUGCUGCUCCACUGGAGAAAACAAAAGAAAUUGUUAUCAUUAAUGACGAUAAUAAUGGUAGCCGCGUCAAUAGCGAGCUUACUAAAUUGGUCGGACAGUUACCACCUGCUAUACAAGCUCUCACUGGAGUUGAUUUGUCUCAGGCACUUGGAAAGAUACCUGGAGCACAAAUUGCGUGAAUAUUGUUAAAACCUAUUCUUGUAUAUAAUCAAUGUAUGUGUAAUAACUAGCCAUAGUGGUCUUAUUAUUUCUUCCAGUCAUGUGGAGUCGUGAUAACGGGUCAAUAAUAUUAGGUUCGCAUAACACUUGCGUAUAUGACAUGCAAGACUGGAGUUUUAAUAGGUUCCAGGCGGCGCAUCCUUUGUCCACCUGCUAAUCUUCGUCUUUGCUCAGGUUCACAUUAUAGUGCUAAACUUGUGUGUCAGUCACCAAAAUGUAAAACCAACAGCCUGUUUCGUAGCUUUUUAAAUAAAGCUAAUUUGUUUAUUUUAUUUUUUAUAUGGUUUUGUUUUCUUUAUUUUUUUCUGUUGUAUUAUUAUCUUACCGAGAUUGAUUUUUCUAUUUGAGCAAAACCUCCUCUCAUCCUCUGCUUACACUCCACGAAAUGGAAGCAUACCUUCUUGUAUUAUCUAAAUUGUAUACAUAUGGAAUAUAUAAUCAUUUCAAAUGUAA